AUGUACAUUUACCCCAUAAUUGUUACUUUCAUACAGGGAAUUUGGUAUGAUGAUGUUGCAUCAUGGGAACAAUGUGAUGAUCUUCUUCCAUGCUUGAACAAGUAUGCUACAGAGAGUAUAAACUUAGCUUGCAAAUGGGGUUACAAAGGCUUAAAGUCUGGACAAACACUGGCAGAGGAAUACAUCGAUACAAGAAUGCCUAUUGUAAUGAAAAGGAUUGCUCAAGGAGUAAGAUUAGCCAUGAUCUUGAACAAGGUCUUUGGUGGAUCUGAAGAAGGUUUUGCAACAGCAACUUGAACUGAUGCAAAAGGGCCAGAAAACACAGACUUGUUGCAUUUAAUCUCAAACUACCAUUGAAUUUGACUUAAGUCGGAAUAACUUCACGCAGGCAUGUAGGUUCAAAGUUAAUCCCCGUUCAUUUGUACUUUGUAAUCUGAACAUUCAUAAAUGAAAACGUUAACAAAUAUCAACAACAGUAUUG